UCGAGGAUAAUCAUUUCUGCCAUUUUGUAGGAUAAAAUGACAGGAAAGUGCUAGCUGUCAUUAUUUUUUGGUUCGGUUUAACAAUAAUUUUAUCAUUUUACGCCAUGAAUAGUGUGCCGCCCUUUUUACUCCAAGGACAAGGAGACAUGGAUUCCACAGCGAGUACAAGCAGAGGUUUACGUAUGAAUGUGAUGGAGGGAGUUGGAGCCCGUGUGGUUCGUGGUCCAGACUGGAAAUGGGGAAAACAGGAUGGUGGAGAGGGUCAUGUCGGGACAGUCAGAAACUUUGAAUCUCCAGAGGAAGUUGUUGUUGUCUGGGACAAUGGGACAGCAGCAAAUUACAGAUGUGCUGGAGCUUAUGAUCUUAGAAUUUUAGAUAGUGCACCUACUGGAAUCAAACAUGAUGGAACAAUGUGUGAUAUGUGUCGCCAGCAACCUAUUUUUGGUAUACGGUGGAAAUGUGCAGAAUGUCCAAAUUAUGAUCUCUGCUCAGUAUGUUACCAUGGAGACAAACACAAUUUAAGACAUAGAUUCUAUCGCAUAGGGACACCAGGAAAUGACAGGAUUCUGUUGGAACCACGCAGAAAAAGUAAGAAGAUCACAGCUCGUGGUAUAUUCCCUGGAGCGAGAGUUGUCCGGGGUGUCGACUGGCAGUGGGAAGACCAAGAUGGUGGAAAUGGUCGCAGAGGCAAAGUUACAGAAAUUCAGGACUGGAGUGCAGCCAGCCCUAGAAGUGCAGCUUAUGUGUUGUGGGAUAAUGGAGCUAAGAAUCUCUACAGAGUAGGCUUUGAAGGCAUGGCUGACCUUAAAGUAAUGAACGAUGCCAAAGGUGGAUCUUUCUACAGAGAUCAUCUUCCUCUUUUGGGUGAACAAGGGCCAGGCUCCCGGUCUGGACAGUGUGGACUGGCUAUCGGGGAUCAAGUCAAUGUGGAUCUUGAUCUGGAGAUUGUCCAGUCUCUUCAGCAUGGUCAUGGAGGAUGGACUGACGGCAUGUUUGAGUGUCUUGGGACAACUGGCACAGUUGUUGGUAUUGAUGAAGAUCAUGAUAUUGUUGUUUCGUACCCAAGUGGUAACAGGUGGACGUUUAACCCUGCUGUUUUGACCAAAGUGAACACGACCAGCAGUUCAGCAUCACUGUCGAGCGACUCGAACACUGCAGCACAGUUUGCCGUGGGAGACCUCGUUCAGAUAUGUAAUGAUGUCGAAAGAAUCAAAGUCCUACAGAGGGGACAUGGAGAAUGGGCUGAAGCCAUGCUACCUACACUUGGAAAGAUUGGUCGAGUACAACAAAUAUACCACGACAAUGACCUAAAGGUGGAAGUCUGUGGUACUUCGUGGACGUACAAUCCAUCUGCUGUGACAAAGGUUGCAUCGGCUGACGGUGCCACUGUGGGCUGUUCGUCAGGAGAGCGUCUGAGUGCACUCUUGAAGAAGCUGUUUGAGACGCACGUGUCAGGAGAUGUCAAUGAGGAACUCGUCAAAGCUGCAGCUAACGGUGAUGCAUCCAAGGUGGACGAGAUUUUACAGAGACCUGACGCUGAAGUCAGUGGAAUCCAACUCAAGGUUAAUGGUGUAUUUGCUGGUCACACUGCCUUACAAGCUGCUUCACAGAAUGGUCACAUUGAAGUUAUCAAAGUCCUUAUCAAACACAGCGUGGACAUGGAAGUGGAGGACAAAGAUGGCGAUCGUGCAGUGCACCAUGCAGCGUUUGGCGACGAACCGGCUGUCAUUGAACUCUUACAUCGUGGUGGGGCUGAUCUGAAUGCUCGUAACAAGCGCCGGCAGACACCACUGCACAUCGGAGUGAACAAGGGCCAUAUAGGAGUCGUUAGAGCCCUCUUAGAUCUAGGAUGCCAUCCCAGCCUACAGGACUCGGAGGGUGACACUGCACUGCAUGACGCCAUCAGCAAGAAGCGUGACGACAUGAUCUCUCUGUUGCUGGAACACCUGGCCGACAUCACCUUCGCAAACAACAAUGGUUUUAAUGCCCUGCAUCAUGCCGCCUUGAGAGGGAACCCCAGUGCUAUGCGCAUUUUGCUGUCGAAGUUACCUCGACCGUGGAUUGUAGAUGAGAAGAAGGACGAUGGGUACACUGCCCUGCACCUGGCUGCCCUCAACAACCAUGUGGAGGUAGCGGAACUCUUGGUGCACCAGGGCAAGUCCAACAUGGACAUACAGAACGUGAACCUGCAGACUCCUCUGCACCUAGCCGUGGAGAGACAGCACACGCAGAUUGUCAGGUUGCUGGUGCGGGAGGGCUGCAACCUGAAUGUACCAGACAAGGAUGGUGAUUCUCCGCUACACGAGGCACUGCGGCAUCACACACUGUCUCAGCUUCGACAGCUGCAAGACAUGCAGGAUGUCGGCAAGCUGCUGAUGGGUCUAGGAACACCCGGCGCGGACAAGAAAUCCAGUGCUUCUAUUGCCUGUUUUCUCGCUGCAAACGGCGCCGACUUGAACAUCAAGAACAAAAAGGGACAAACUCCUCUAGACCUCUGUCCUGAUCCCAAUCUCUGCAAGGCUCUAGCCAAGUGUCACAAGGAGAGAAAUAGUCUGACAUAUCUGUUGACGAACCCCACGACACCAGCGUCGAAUGCUGCCGUGAUUCGCAACGACCAGGAAUCUCUGGAAGAGUGUAUGGUCUGUUCCGACAUGAAGCGAGACACUCUGUUUGGACCGUGCGGUCACAUUGCCACGUGCUCUCUCUGCUCUCCCCGGGUCAAGAAGUGUCUCAUGUGCAAGGAACCAGUGCAGUCACGUACCAAGAUCGAGGAAUGUGUUGUGUGUUCGGACAAGAAGGCAUCAAUGAUGUUCAAGCCAUGUGGUCACAUGUGUGCCUGUGAUGGUUGUGCUGCCCUUAUGAAGAAGUGUGUGCAGUGUCGAGCAUCCAUUGAGAAAAAUAUACCAUUCAUUGUAUGUUGUGGUGGCACCCCACCACCGGCUCCCCAAGCAGCUGGGGUGAUGAACAAUGGGUCACGAGAUGUGUCAAGGGAUAUUCAGAAGUUGCAACAGCAAUUACAGGAUAUAAAAGAUCAGACCUGCUGCCCUGUGUGUAUGGAUCGUCUGAAGAAUAUGAUUUUCCUGUGUGGCCACGGCACCUGUCAGCUGUGUGGAGACCGAAUGAAUGAGUGCCCCAUCUGUAGGAAGUCUGUCGAAAAGAGAAUUUUACUUUACUAGUGACUCAUCAUUUUCAGUAAUUACUAGUAGGAUGUGUGUGUGUGUGUGUGUGUUACCAAAAUACCAAAAAACCACAAAUGUUAAUCAUGAGAAAUGUAUCGAGAAAAUAGAUUUGUUUGUUUUUGUCAUUUUUAAAUAUGGAUCUGUGAAAAAUGGUGUGCGUGUUAACAUAAAUUAACCAUUUAUCGGGUGUUUUAUGAAAAGAUAAUCUGGAUUCGUUUACAUUUGUAGAAAUUUCACAGUUAUAUCAUAUUUGUUUUAGUCGGUUUGAUCUGAAUCUCAUACAACAGCAGCAAUUUAAGACAUUAAAAAGGGAUAUGUGUGUUUUAUAAAAGUUUGUCAGUUUUUCAGUUCUAUAAUUUAAAUAAAGAAACCACAACAAAUCAUUAAUCGUAAAUCAUGAUUCACAACUAUCAUAUAAUAAUUGGGUGGUUAUGCUGUUUGGAAAAAGUCUUAAUAUGACAGCAUUUUGGAAAAAAAAAUUAAUCUAAUUGUGAAAAUUGUUAAACUUUAUGGAUGUUAAAACAUACUUCUGUGUAAUCAGUUUUCAUAAUAAUGAGUUUGUUAAUAUAACAUUGUCACAUAUUAUAAAUGAAUUUGGUAUUCAUGAGUUGAUAUGGUGUAAUUUUAUGAAGAAAACAAUUUUACAUUACAUUGUCAUUAGCUGGCCAAACAUUCAGAAUUUUUUUUUUUUUUAAUGUAUUAAACCAAAAAAGCAAAGUAUAUUCCAAACUGAAACUGUUAGUUGUGAAAAUAGUGUGUUAAGACAGUAUCUUGACAUUAAAGAAACCAGUAUCUUCACAUACAUUGUGUGCUUUUGUUUUUGUAAUUCUAAUUAAAUGACAAAAAGUGUGAAAUCGACCAAACAUUUUAUUAAAAUAACUGCGAGUCAAUCAUGACUUGUAACAAUCAAAAAUGUGAGUACAGUAACGAAAAAUGUUUCAAUAUGUGUGUUAUUUAUGCAUCACUGCAAAUCCUGGUCAAAUGGCCAUCUUGUGUACUAAUAUACGGUAAUUUUUUUCCAAAAAAUACUUUUUGUGUAACCAUGAAUUGCCUGGUUCAAAACCAUCAUAAUAUGAAAUCAGUGUAUUAGUUAUGUUCUGUAUUUGUAUCUAAUUAUUUAAUGUUUUGAUGUACAUACUUGUAUCUGUACAGUUACUACUCAUGUAUUUUUGUUUACUCAUUAAUUCACAGAACUAAUCAAAGGGUAUAAUUAAUAUAUUUAAAGUGUGUGUGUUCGUCCAUGCAUGUGUAUUUACACUAUACCAUCAUAUUACAUUAUGUUAUGUAAUGUUUUUACAUUUCUCCAUUGAAUCAUGUUACACAGUACAAAAUAAUUAAGCCAGUUUGUUAUGAUUGUGUUGUUGAAACUGGUAUGUAUUUAGUAAACGUAUAUAAAAUUAGCUUUAUUUCUUUAAUUUGUUACAUAUGUACAUAAAAAAUAUUCUUAUGGAAAUUAAUAAAAUUAGUUCUUGUAAGUAGCUUAGUUUGAUUUUACUUUCAUUACAUUUUAAUUGAGGGUAAAUCAGACUUCUACAUUAUAUAUACAGGGUUCUGUUGAUUUUUUUCUGCCUUUAAUUUUUUAAUUUUUAAUUCUCUGAUAACCCUUAUUUUAAUUUCAGCUUUUGUUUGCUCAUCACAAAAUGCAAAUUAAACAUAUAUAUUUCAUUAGUAACUUGCCAAAGCGCUAAUUCGAAAAAGAAAAAAAAUAUCUUAAUUUUUGUUUCGCCUUUAUGAAGUAAAAAGAUGAGAUGUAGGUAUUACUUUUCCAAUGGCAAAGACAGCAUCAACUUUUUCACAAACUUAAAGUGAAUUUCAUAUGUAUUAAAUAAAAAAAAAUUAUAGCAUUUUUUAAAUGGAUUUUUCUUUAAUUUAAAGGUUGUUUUAUUUUAAAUUUUUAAACAUGCAUUGAGACAAACAUCUAUUAUUGCAAGUAUCAGUGACACUGAAUACAUUUAUUGUAGGCAAGACAUUUAAUUCUGUAGAAUUCUUGUUCAGAUUUUGUCUGGCUAAAUGAAACAUGAAUUUGGCUACAAAUUUUCUCAUCACGUUUGCCAAAUUACUGUUACUUAUUUCGGUCCAGCUUAAACCCUGUAAUUUCCAUGGUUAUUUCUUCCAGAUAAUAAAAUCAUAUCCCAUAUAAAUUUAAUAGGCCUUGUUGAACAUACAAGUUUUUCCACAUGCUGUGUGCAUUAUAACUGUGAAACUUUAGAGCUAAAACAAAAUCUGGUAUUAGAAAGUGAUAACAGUUAUAUUUUAGUAGUUAUUAUGAAGGAAGUAUAAUUUUCAGUGUGUGCAAUAUUUUUUCAUCUACAGUAGUAAAAAUUCCAAUCUGUAAAUACUCUGUUGUUAUAAAUGCUUAGAUUGGUUCAAAUAAUAUCAUGUGACUUAAAAACCGAUAUUCUUACAUGUAGCUACAUGAACAUCAGUUUUGCACUACUUUUGGCAAUGCUUAAAAAACUAAAUACAAAUGUAGAUCAUAUUGGCUGUUUUCUUUAUUGUUUAAAAUUAAUAAAAUAAUUGUUAAUUAUACUAGAACACUUGUCACAAACUUCUUAUCUGAAUUAUUGUCAAGUUUCUAAAGUGACAGUCUAAUUAAUGUGCCAAAAAUAAGAUAAUGAAUCAUUGUGCAAUCGUCCUAUUUUUUUGAGAUGCAUACAUGUGCAUUUGCUAAAUAUAUCCCAUAAUAUUUUUGUUAGUUAAUGUCUUUGCUUUCAUACAGGGCUUGAAAUUAAUCACGACACCAACAGCAGUUGCCAUUGUUGUGAUAUACUUGUAAAUUGCCAUAGGAUAAGAAAUUAUGGCCAUCGCAGUAAAGCUCCCCAAUAAUGGCAAAAUGUAUACACCAAAAUGUGUACACAAUUCUGUAUAUUUGAAAAAAACCUCAAACAGCAAAAUAACCUUGCAGUCAUGUUUAUUUGCUAUUUAAAAUACAAAGUGCCUGUGGGGGGGGGCUCAAAAUUGCCAUCGGUGGGCCGUUUUGCCCAUAGCAGUUUUGAGGAAAAAAAAUGCCAUGGGUUACAAAUUCUUAAGUUUGAGCUCUGUUUAUUAAAAAGCAAAAUGAAUAUGGUAAUUAAUUACUGCCUUAAGGUAUAAUGAUGUACAGUAACUGCAUGUUAAUAGAUCUAUAUCUGAAGUAAGACAUUUAUUACUGGCCUUAUUAGCGUUUAUAUUGGCUAUGGUAUGCCUUGUAUAUUUAUUUGUGAAAUAGUUUUCAGUAUUAUCCAUGUAUUCUUAGUUGUUGUUAUGGAUGUGUACUAAACCAUUGAAUAUUUGUCCUUUUUUUAACAUUGAAUUCCUUUAAUUAUGGUUUGUUACUGAAUUACAUCAUUAUUUAUCAUGUUAUGAAGACCGUCAGUCUUCGUAAACAUUAUUUUUAAUGGUUUUAUGCAUGCAAGUGCAUUCUGAUAAAUGUAAUACGUGCAUGUAUACUCAUGUUGAGUGUUUACUGUUAUCACAACUCUUUGUAAGAUUACUGUAUAUGUAACAUUUAAAAACCGUUUUAAACACAUUUUGUUAGUUUUCUGCAGUUUGUAUUUUCAACUUUUAAACAACAAAUCUUAAUUAGGUUGUUGUCAAAGGAAGUAUUUGAAGAUGAACAUUAACAAGUAUAAGGUGCUGUAAAUAUUGUAUAUUACACUUAAAACAUUGGAACAUUUCCAUGCACACUGUUCCAGUUAAAAGGCAUGUGGUUCUUCUGGCUGAAACCUAUAGCUCUUGCUCAGAAUGUUUAUGUGUAUAUAUCCAGUGUGUUCUUGGUUGUCCCAAUACCCACAGAAAUUCAUGACAUUGUCUUGACUCAACUGUUUGGUGCCGGCUGGAAGUUGUUAUUCUGGGGAUUUUGCAAACAUGAUUCAGAAAUACAUUCUAAUGAGUAGUUUGUACAUGUAUGAUGAUAAUUUGGAACACUUCAACUGAUAAAUUAAAUGCAUUAGCCAUAAAAGAUGAGCGAUUUGAGGAGCCAAAUAUACGUAGCUCCCUAUUUUCCGUUUUGGUCAACCGUUCAGAAUUGCUCCUAAUUUCCAUCACAAAAACUGCACCCUUUUUCUCUACGGGACAUUCCAUAUUCCAUAGCACCAUACCACCCUCCGCCUGUUACAGGUCCCAGUCAGACUGCUGGUGCUCCGUUGCACAUGCCAGUGCAGGCAGUCCCUCCUCCAACCCACCCCUUUCCUGUCCUGGAUGAAGGAGCCGGCCGAGGCCGACACCUGUGCCCAGGACAGACGUGCGCUACAACAGCUCGCUCUGAAUGUGCACGUUAAACACUCUGACCUGACCUGACCUGACCAGGAGCCAGUUAUAUUUACGAGGGGGGUGCGUAGUUAAUACAUUCAUUGAUGGGGUGCAGUGCCCUCAUGGUGCCCCGAUUUAAAAUGCCUAUGUACUGAACAUAUCAUUUACUUAUCUCUAGUAUUUGUGUUGUGAAGAUCCAAAUGUUUGCUAAGAAAUUAAGUUAUUGAUAGAAAAACCAUACAAUGAUGUUAUGGAGAUUAAUUAAUAUUCGUCUUUCAGCUGCAAUCUUGAGCAUUUAAAACAAAAAAGAAUUUAUGAAUUUAAAUAAAUCAACUACAUGUGUAUGUGCUUUAUUCCCAUGAUGUGCCAUUAUACAAUUUCAUUUUGAUCUUAACUGCAUUCUAGGGUCACAAUCAAACUUAGUUUUAGUGAACUUGACACCCCAUUGUCAGCCAGCUUCAUGUAAGAGAUUGAAUGUCAUGCAUACACUACAGAAAUAAUGAAAUAUAUAUUUCUGUACUUGCUUCCUACAUCUUUGUGCCAAAAGUCUUGGAGAAAGAUCUUUCUUUGAUAUAUAACUAUGUCUCCAGUUUCAAUGUUUCGUACAAAAUCCAGACUAAAGCUAGUCUUAAUAAUAUUUGAUCAAUUACAGGAUUGAUUCUUUUCACCUUACCAGGUUUGAUUUGAUCCUUCUUAGUCAGUGAAACACAGAAGUUUGUAUUUAAAAUUAUUUAUAUAUACCAUGUUGAAUAUUUAUAAUUGGCCAUACACAAGUUGUACCCUUUUACAGUAAUAAAUCCUCAACGUUAAAAAUCAAUUUUUAGUAAUUGACAAUGUGAAAAUAAAUCUGUGGGCUUCUUUUAAAUGUAUCUGUAUUCAAAGAUGGAUAAAGUGCAUAAAUGCAUUUGGAAAAUAAAUUAAAAUGUAGGAUCUUGUUUCGAUAUUAUAUAAAAUGUAAUAUAUCUUAGUUGUCAUGAAGUACAAUUACAUUUGAUACAUGUAUAUUGAAAGAAUGUAUGUAUUGUUUUGUUGAGUUAAUAAACAUGUCUAUAC